CCCGCACCGGCGGGCCAGAGCUCGGGGCCGCCUCCUCCCAGCCCCGAGGGACUGGGAUCAUCGCACAAGGCCCUCCUCCCGGCCAAGGUGGAGGAAGUUGCCGGAGAGGCGGGAGGGGGCCCGCGCCUGUUGUUUUCCGCCGGGCGGGCUGGGCGCAGGGGCGGGGCGCGCGCCCCAGAGGCGAUCGCCCGGGCUCGGCCACAGCAUCCUAGUCAGGGAGCCCCUCGCCGCGGGCCCGGGAGCCCCAAGAACCCUGCACACCCAGAGCCCUGCGCUUCCCUCGACCGUAGAUCUGGGGCGCGAUGGCCCGGCUACGCGUCCUGCUGUGCCUCGGGGCGCUUCUGGCCCGCCAGGGCUCGGCAGACCUGGGUGCUGUGGCCGUCGGCGAAGUCCAUGAGAAUGUUACUCUUCCCUGUGGCAACGUGUUAGGAUCCAGGGGCCUGGUGACCUGGUACCGGAAUGACACAGAGCCCGUCUUCCUGCUCUCCUCCAACUCCAGCCUCCCCCCGGCUUCGCCUCGUUUCUCCCUCGGGGAUGCAGGUGCCCUGCACGUGGAGGCACUGAGGCUGGAGGACGACGGCAACUACACCUGCCAGGAGGUUCAGAAUGAGACCCGCUGGUUCCCUGUGUGGCUGCGGGUGGCCAGCGGCCCUGAUCAGAUUGCGGUGAACAUCUCAACCACUGGUGCCCUCUCCAAUGGUACCCUGUAUGCAGCCAAGGGCUCUCAGGUGGACUUCAGCUGCCACAGCGCCGCACAGCCUCCGCCUGAGGUCGAGUGGUGGUUCCGGGCCCACAACAUGUCCGAGUCCUUUGGGAAGAACCUGACGGCCAACAGCUUUACGCUGUUGCUGAUGUCACAGAACCUCCAAGGCAACUACACGUGCUCAGCCACCAACAUGCUCAGCGGGAGUCAGCGAAAGGUGACCACCGAGCUCCUGGUCUACUGGCCCCCUCCAUCAGCUCCUCAGUGCUCAGUGGGGGUGUCUUCAGACUCCAUCAUCCUGGAACUCUCCUGUAAUUGGGAUGGGGGCUACCCUGAUCCGACCUUCCUGUGGACUGAAGAACCCGGAGGGAAGGUCGUGGGGAAUUCAAAGCUGCAAGCACUGAACCCGUCACAGCUGUCGGAAGGCAAGAAGUUCAAAUGCGUUGGGAGCCACAUCAUGGGACCGGAGUCGGGAGCCAGCUGUGUGGUACAGAUCUCGAGCCCCUCACUUGCUUCUCAGCCCAUGAAAACUUGCUUCAUGGGGGGCAACGUGACGCUCACCUGCCAAGUGACAGGCGCCAACCCGCCCGCCAGGAUCCAGUGGCUGAGGAACCUCUCGCGGCCAGACGCGGUCAUCCAGCCCAGCAGCCACCAUCACAUUACCCAGCACGGCCAGGACUCCUUCCUCACCAUCCACAACUGCUCCCAGGACCUGGACGAGGGCUUCUACUUCUGCCGGGCUGAGAACCUCGUGGGGGUGAGGGCGGUAGACAUCUGGCUGAGUGUGAAAGAACCUCUGAAUGUCGGGGGCAUCGUGGGGACGGUGGUCAGCCUCUUCCUGCUGGGACUGGCCAUUGUCGCCGGGCUGAUACUGUAUUACAGCCCUGUGUUCUGCUGGAAAGCAGGGAGCACCUUCAGGGGGCAGGACAUGGGUGACGUCAUGGUCUUGGUGGAUUCCGAAGGGGAAGAGGAGGAGGAAGAAGACAAGGAAGAUGUUGAAGAGGUAGAGCAGGGGACAGAUGAGAGAGAGGAGUUGCCAAGAGAGAUACGAAAGCAUGGCCACAUUCACAGAGUGACUGCGCUGGUCAAUGGGAACUUAGACCGCAUGGGGAAUGGACUCCAGGACCUGCAUGAUGACAGUGACGAACAGCAAAGUGACAUUGUUGAAGAGGAAGACAAGCCAGUUUGAUGAAGACAGUCCACUGUCCACGGGUCUGGCAAGGUCCGCCCUCUGACCGCUGCCUGGGAGCUUGCCUUAGUGACGGCUAGGCUCUCCCAGCCCGGGCAGCCAUCUCUCCUCCCGGCUUAUUCCACUGAUUCCAUUUGGUGUGGGUUACCUCGGUGGUGUGAACUGCACUGGGAAGGAGUAGCCGGUGCGGGGCAAAGUUACCAGUGGUGUCUGAGGUGACACUUGGCUGUGACACUUGGCUCUACCCAGGUUGAUGUACUGUGACACUGAUUUUUUUUGGGGGGGGGGAGGGCACCCACUUGGUAUCUGUGCCCUGUGCCAUUAUUCAAGGUUCGCCACCAGCUUGCCCAACACAAAGGG